CAGCUUUUUUUUCUCACCAUGUCUGGACGCGGUAAGCAGGGCGGUAAGGCGCGCGCCAAGGCUAAGACCCGCUCGUCCCGGGCCGGCCUGCAGUUCCCCGUGGGCCGCGUGCACCGACUGCUGCGCAAGGGCAACUACUCGGAGCGGGUGGGCGCCGGCGCCCCGGUCUACCUGGCGGCCGUGCUGGAGUACCUGACGGCCGAGAUCCUGGAGCUGGCGGGCAACGCGGCCCGCGACAACAAGAAGACGCGCAUCAUCCCGCGCCACCUGCAGCUGGCCAUCCGCAACGACGAGGAGCUCAACAAGCUGCUGGGCCGCGUCACCAUCGCGCAGGGCGGCGUCCUGCCCAACAUCCAGGCCGUGCUGCUGCCCAAGAAGACCGAGAGCCACCACAAGGCCAAGGGCAAGUAAAGCAGCGAGCGUACUAUCAUCGAACCCAAAGGCUCUUUUCAGAGCCAUCUACUUCUUCGUAUGAGAGCUGGCAGCAAACAAUUCCAGUUUGCAUCUAACUUGUUCAUCCACAGGGUUAACCUUUGAAACACCACCUUAAUCCCCUAAGCCACUAAAUACAAAGUUUAACUGGCUUCCACCUGAAGAACAAUGUAUUUACAAGUACAUGCUAUUGGUCUCAGGCCCUAGAAAAGC